GAUGCCUCUUCCUGCGAUUUUCAAGUCUCUCAAAGGCGGCAAGCUUGCCGUGCCGGAUCAGGAGCCGCCCGUCGUCGACGAGAAGGCAGUCCCUGCAGACGUUGGCGAGCGCCGCCGUGGUAUUGAAAAGAUCGAAGCGCUCUACCGUGUCUUCCCCCCUGGCAGCAAGGCGCUCUGGGCCCUUUAUGCCAGCUUGUUCUUCUAUGUCUACGCGUAUACGCUGGCGGGUUCGACCGUGUACAGUUUUUAUGCUUUCGCGGUCUCAGCAUUUGGGCAGCAUGCGGUAUUGUCGACAAUCAAUAUCAUGGUGUCAGUCAUUAGCGGUGUCGGUCAACCUUUCGCGGCUCAGCUUGCUGAUACCACCUCUCGUCCGACUGCCUAUGCAAUUUCGCUCACUCUUUACGUUAUUGGUUUCAUCAUUGUGGCAUCCGCCAACGGUGUGUCUGCCAUUGCCGCUGGUUAUCUGCUCUAUACCAUCGGCGGGGUGGGAUUGGACAUGGUCACUAGUCUCCUUGUCGCUGACAUUAGUCCCCUUGCUUGGAGAGGCUUCAUCACUGCACUUCCCUCUGCGCCGUACAUUAUCAACGCGUACAUCUCCGGUUUCAUCACGGAAGAUUUGGGAGAGGCCGGAUGGCGCUGGGGUUAUGGCAUGUUUGCUAUCAUCGUCCCAGUUGUCAUGUCUCCCGCCCUUAUGGUCCUUUUCUACGCCGAUAUAAAAGCCAAACGACUCAACGUCCUCGAAGGCCCCUCAGCUGUUACCUCCGGUGCCGCUGCACACAUCGAGGGCCGUUCACCCUUGAAGAUCCUCCUCAAGAUCUUCUCCGCGAUUGACGCUUUCGGUCUGAUAUUAUUGGGUUUUGCGUGGACGUUGCUUCUGCUCCCGUUUACGCUCUCGGCGAGUGCCAACAAUGGCUACAACAAUCCCUCUCUGAUUGCCAUGUUCGUUGUCGGCGGUGUCUUGCUCAUUGCGUUCGCUAUAUAUGAAUGGUUCUUUGCUGCGAACCCCAUCCUGCCAAGGCGAAUCCUUAACCGAGCAUUCAUUUGUGGCGUGAUCAUCGACACAUUCUACUACCUCUCCGGAGACUUUGCCGGCACAUACUACUCCAGCUGGACGUAUGUCGUCACCGACUGGAGCCUGUAUGACUGGACUAUCUUCUCGCAAACGGAGACCGUCGGCCUUUGUCUUUUCGGUCUUGCUGCUGGUCUGUUGAUGAGGUGGACCCACCGUUACAAGUGGCUACUCUGCGUUGCUUGGGUCAUUCGUAUACUCUGCUACGUCGUCAUGUACCACGCCCGUGGAGAGAACGCCACUGCUGCCGGUCUCGCUUGGACACAAAUCUUAAAUGGUCUCGGCGGUGGUAUGUCCGUAGUUUGUGUCCAGGUGAUGGUGCAAGCCUCCGUGCCCCAUGAGGAUAUGGGUAUCGUUAUCUCGAACUUGGCGCUUUGGACAUACUUGUUCGGUGGGAUCGCCACUGCUGUUGCUGGUUCUGUUUGGACUAACAACAUGCCCAAGAACCUCGAGAAAUACCUUUCACCUCUUGGCGUCAACGCCACUGAGAUCGCGACGAUAUACGGGUCUAUCACCAUCGCGAGGUCCGAGACCGACGACGUGAGGGCUGGAGUCAUCUCCGCUUACGAUGAUACCGUCAAGCCACUGAUCAUCGCCUCACUCGCCACCUCCUUUAUUCCCCUUAUCACCGCUCUCUGCACCACCAACUUCUACCUUGGCAACACUCAAAAUGCCGUGGACGGCAAAGUACAUCCAAUGUACGGUAAAAACGAAGCCGUCGAAUCAGACUCUCAGUCUCAGAGCGAGGGUCAUGAUGAAAAGCAGCCUGUGCCGGAGAGCUUGAGCAGGGAUUAGAGGUUUCAUUUUCGUUUGUGGUGAUUAUUAGUAGGGGUUGGUUGGUCGCUUCUUGGGCUUUGUUGUAGUUUUUAUCUCCACUCCUUUUCUU